GGAUACGCGUUCGCAAGAUACAGCCUAGUGCUAGCAUCAUUAUUUGCUUCCCUGUUUCCGUUAACCUGUAGUGUUGUCAUAUAGACACACGCAAACGCAGUUUUUCAGCGACAAAUGACCGUUUAAUGCCACGAAAUUACCGAUGAUAACGUUAACAGGAGAGCGAGGCGGUGGGGGCAGAAGUCGAAGAGAAAGAGCGCCACGUCACUGACCAGCGGAGGAGUCAGAAAAACCUACCCGGAAUUGAGUCUCGAGUGCCCGCUUUGGACCAUAUAUAAGUCAGUUAACUACACCGUUAGCCUUUAACGGUCGGCUGACAUUUUCUUACCGAAGGAGGACCUGUCACUAAGCGGCUCAAAAUGACGGCGUCCAACUGGGGUCUUAUCAUGAACGUGGUGAACAGCAUCGUCGGGGUCAGUGUGCUCACCAUGCCCUUCUGCUUCAAACAGUGUGGGAUAGUGCUGGGAACUCUCCUGUUGUUCUUCUGCUCGUGGAUGACCCACAAGUCUUGCAUGUUCCUGGUCCACACAGCGAGCAACACUAAAAGAAGGACCUAUGCCGGAUUGGCCUUUCAUGCUUACGGGAAACCAGGAAAAACACUGGUGGAGACGAGUAUGAUCGGUUUGAUGUUGGGUACCUGUAUUGCCUUCUACGUCGUGAUAGCUGAUCUGGGCUCAAAUUUCUUUGCUCAGCUUUUAGGUUUAGAGGUGACGUUCGGUUUCCGCGUGCUGCUGCUCAUCGCCGUUUCUCUGUUCAUCGUACUCCCUCUAAGUCUGCAGAGGAACAUGAUGUCCUCCAUCCAGUCCUUCUCCGCUAUGGCUCUCAUGUUCUACACCCUCUUCAUGUUCACGAUGGUGCUGUCCUCGUUCAAACACGGGCUGCUCAGCGGCUGGUGGCUAGAGCAGGUCAAUGUGGUGCGCUGGGAGGGUGUGUUUCGCUGUCUCCCCAUCUGUGGCAUGGCCUUCGCCUGUCAGUCGCAGGUGCUCCCGACCUACGACAGCCUGGACGAACCAUCCGUCAAACGCAUGAGCACCAUCUUCACCUCAGCCCUCAACGUAGUCACCAUCUUCUACAUCACUGUGGGUUUCUUUGGCUACGUCAGUUUCACAGAGAACAUUGCAGGCAACGUGCUGAUGAACUUCCCGUCCAACCUGGUGACAGAGAUGAUCCGUGUGGGCUUCAUGAUGUCUGUGGCCGUCGGCUUCCCCAUGAUGAUCCUGCCGUGCCGCCAGGCCAUCAACACCAUGCUUUUUGAGCAGCAGCAGAAGGAUGGGACGUUUGCUGCCGGGGGAUAUAUGCCUCCUCUGCGCUUCAAGGCAAUCACCCUCUGCAUUGUGUUUGGCACCAUGCUGGGAGGCAUUCUCAUCCCUAACGUGGAAACCAUUCUGGGUCUGACUGGAGCCACCAUGGGCAGCCUCAUCUGCUUCAUAUGCCCUGCUCUCAUCUACAGAAAGAUCCAGAAGAAUGGCAUCAUCGCUCAGCUGGUGCUUUGGGUGGGUCUGGGCAUCCUGCUGGUCAGCACCUUCACCACCCUCUCAAUUUCAUCCAGAAGCCCCGGCAUCAAGGUCCAAGCUCCUCCCCCUCCAGCACCUAACAGGAACAACCCGCUGCUACCAGACCUCCCUGAACUGCACGACAAUUCUGCAAACAAGAGGCCAGUGGAGAUAGAAAAACCUGACCAUCCAGCUGUGGAGGUGUUAAAACCCGUAGACAGGGCUGAGCCCCCCCAGAUUAAAGGACCAGUGGAACUACCUGAGAGAAAGAAGGAAGAGGUGCAGUUGGACCGCCCUGAUCCUGGCGUUGCAGUGCCGGAGGGGGAGGCCCAUCGCCACGAACCGCCCAUCCCUCAUGACGAGGUCAAGGUAGACACGAGAAAGAACAACGCAGAGCUGGAGGAGGAAAAGAAGCAACCCGUUCCUCCUGCAGGAGGAGAAGAGGAAGAACCCAAACGAGACGAAGAUCGAGAGCACGCUGUCGAAGUUGAGAACAAAAAAGACAGGUUUGAAGAGAAACCAAAGCCUGUGGAGGCUGUUGUGAGGAAAGAGGAGGUGGAUUUGGGUGGAGGUGAAGUCCUGUCCAAUGAGGUGGUAGAGAAGCCGGUUGCAGACGCAGGCAAAAAGCUGGACGUUCCCCCGCUAAAGAAAGUUGAGAAGCUCGAUCCUGUGAAAGAGCCUCUUGCAGGGAAUGUAGCUGCGGUGGAAAGUCAGGCUGCGGCAGCAAAAGUCGAUAAUGUGGCCAAAGCUCUAGAUGCUGCAGGGAAACCUCCACCUCCUGAAGGCGAGCAUCAUCCCGCAGCAGACGAAGCUCCAGCCGCAGACAGCAAAGAUGCAGCUGACGAGAAGUUGGACGUGAUAAAAAAGCUGGUUGCAGAGGGCCAGUUCAACCACGCCGUGCUACUGCAGGUGAUCAAGGAGCAGCAGGUGCAACAGAAGAGACUUCUAGACCAGCAGGCGAAACUACUGGCUGUCAUAGAAGAGCAACAUAAGGAAAUCCACCAGAAACAACCUGCAGGAGCUGCUGCUGAAGGCGAGGCAGAGAAAGGCAUCCAGGAACACUUGGAGGUGAUUGAAGGUGGAGGAGCAAAGCCCAAAGAGUCUGGCCUGGCCUCAGACCUGAAGCAGCCAGAGGUAGCUGGAGCUCCACAAGGUGGAGUAGCUGAGCCUCACGCCGUGGCCCAGAAUCAAGCUCAGGCUGGGGACAGGGGUGCUGAGGUUGAGGCUCAUAAAGUACUUGUUCAAGCGCCUUACAAGGAGGAUGUCCAUGCUGCAGCAGGAGGAGAAUCCCAUAAGCAGAGCGAGCUGGGGGCGAGAGGAGUGCCACUGGGAAAGAAAAGAGUCGAUGACGGUCAGCCUGUACAUCAAAACGAUCAGGCAGCUCAACUUAAAGAUGAAGAAAGAAGCCUGGAUAAGGAAAAAGAGAAAAUUGAAAAUCUUAAAAAAGAAGAGCUGAAGAUUGAGGUUCAGGCGAGACUGGAAAAAGAAAGGAUUGAGGGGGAGAGACUGGAAAACCUGGCCAGAGAACAGGAGUUAGAAGAAGAAAGACAGAGGAAAGAGAAAGAAUUGCAGGCAAGGUUAGAAAAAGAACAACUGGACAAGGAGAGACGAAAGAAGCUGGCCGCAGAACAGGAGUUGGAGAAAGAGAGAGCAGUGAAAGAGAAACUCACACAGGAGAAAGCUGCAGAAGAGAGGCUUCAGCAGGAGAUCCAGAAGGCAGAUAAUGAAAUACUUGAGAGAGCGAGGAAAGAGAUGAUUGUGGAGGAGGCUGAGGAGAGGCUGGCCCACCUGGAGCGAGCCGUAGUAGCCAGAAAUGCUGGAAAAGCUGCACAGGGGGCUGAGAGGGAAGACGGUGAAGCUUUGAAGACAGGAGGACGAGACCUCAAAGAGGAGGCUGCUACUCAGGCAGACCCCAGAGAAGGUGUGGAAGACGGGGCCCUCAGAGCCAAGGCUCACCCCCAGGGCUCCCACGAGAGGGUCAGGGACCAGGGAGAGAUGGAUCUAAGGCGGAGGCGAAGGGCACUGGGACCCAAAGAGGCUGGAGGGCCUCCACGGGAGACCAGGGGUGUGCCGGGGUUGGAGCCCCUGCUGGAGCUGGGGGGCUCAGACCUGCAUGUGGCCCUAGAGGAGCAGCUACUGGCUGGAGCAAUGGUGCACUCACGGCAGAUUAAACAGGUCUCAGAGGAUGAGGGAGCGAAAUAAAACACAUCAGAUACGCACCAAUUCUCAUUCACUCAUCGGACAGUAACACACACUGUACACCUGCAGAACACUUGUAAUACUGUGGACCACAAUAUUGUUGCCUUAAAUUCUUUCUUGCCUUCACAAAAUGUUACGGACAAAGAGGAACAUUUUCUCUCUGUGUGUGUACUGGAAAUAACCCAAAGUCUUUAUUAAAGAACAAAGUGUAUGUAAAUAUUAACUUAUUUUUGUCUUUAAGGGGGAGAAUUUUAAAGAGGUAACUGUUGAAAUGUAAAUAAAACUAUGCAAAUAUUCUCUGGAGCAUUUAGACAGGACGAAUAUACAGUAUUAAUGUUUGUUCUUGAAUCACUCAUGUUCCUUUUUGUAGAGUCUGCCUCUGCAGGAUCUGUGAUUUAUUGUCUCCUGUGCUGUUUUUGUCUUAUGCAUUUCGGUCAGUUUGUUUCUGUUACUUUGACAUGUAAAUAUUGUAAAUGUGAUGCGUGAUCAAUGUUUAAGGUUUCUUUGAACCUACAUUUAACACAUAUUGGAUGUACACAUAUUGUGUGUUCAGGCACCCUUAUAAGUGUUGUUUCAUUCUACUUUCGGAUGAAAGUAACUGAAUACGACUUCAUGCUGGAGCUACGAGGUAUAUAAUGUAGCCUUACUGUUUGAUGAACUGUGGACAAUGAAGCAGCUUGAUCCAUCUGGAUCCAUGACUCUAGCUGCUAAUCAUUCCAUCUUCAGUAUCUCUUCCUUGUUGAUUUAUCAGUGCCUUCCAACUCAUGCUGCAGUAGUGAUAUUUUAUCAAAGCAAAAAUGUGGCAGUUUUUCCUCAGUUUGUGGUCUCGCUUCCACUGAACCUCUUACUGUAACCAGUACAGUAAUAAAGAGAAAAUAAGAUCUGUACGUUGUGUUAAGGACAUAGGAAGGAAAUAUGGAAGAUGGAGUGUUUUCUUAGUAAUGCAGCUUUUCUGAAAAUUCCUCCUUCAGUUACCACUUAACAUAUGCUGGACCUUUGCUUUGUACCAGAGGCUAUUUUUAUGACUAUUUUUCUAUGUGCAUUGUAUUUCUGUACAUUCUGCUGAUAAGAAUAAAUAAAAACAUCUCUAUGACAACCAUGGCUGUUGCUCUG